AUGUCCGACGUCCCACCAACCGAGUCCAUUCCCAAACCAGAGGAACCUAAAGCACCACAAGGCUUCCCGAACUACCCUCCUCAGCCUAUGCCUUACUUCCCCAACCCUUGGUUGUUCCAGCAAGCUCCACCCCAGCAAUUCCAAUCUCAAUCCCAAUCGAAGAGAGACCAAGAGUUCGAAGAAGGUCUGAACCGUUUACGCAAAGAUUAUGCCACAGCCCCUAUGGAAGAUGACGGGCUUUCAGUCUCUUCCCUAAGGUCGACCAAUUCGACUCGUACCACAGAUUCGGUUCGUGACCGUGACGACUACCUCAAGCAGUCUGAGAGACUCUUCAUCUUACAGCCAUUUACAGCUGGAGCUCUCAAGAACAUGCGCAAUUACGAAGGUCAAACACCAGCUGGAGACCGCAAAACAGACGUGCUUACAAGAGCAGUCCAACUGGUCAAGACAAAGACUGAGAUAGUCGACUUCAUUCUUGCAGCUUGCCCAUACAAGUAA